GGCUUGCUUCCCCACCACCACCACCACCGCCACCACCACCACCACCACCACCACCACCACACUCUCUCUCUCUCCAGAGACAGCCAUGCGUCUCUCCCUCCUCUCCUCGCUCUCUGCGCUCCUGCUCGCCUCGCUCUGCGCUGCGCAGUCGAGCACGAACAACAGCAGCAGCAGCAGCAGCAGCAGCACGUCGAGCUCGAGCAGCAACAUCGUCAUCACCUCGCCCCAGGCCGGCGACGUGUGGUACUCCAACUCGACGAACCGCCUCGCGUGGACGGGCAACAUGCCAAGCCUGUUUAGCGUGCAAAUCCUGAACAGCAACAACCUCAUCCUCGCCAACGGCCUCUCCGUCUUCAACAACGUCCCCGCGGCCGCCGGCUCGCUGGGCGUGUCCAUCGGACAGCUUGCGCACGCUGAUGGCUACACCGUGCGCAUCUACAACGUCAACAACAUAGCCGAGCAGUACGCCGUCUCGCCCUCCUUUGCCAUCCACAACGUCAGCGCCUCUGCAGGGCCCAGCAGCAGUGUGACGCCCGGCUACGUCGUGCCUGCCUCGGCCGCCAGCAACCUGCCGAGCGGCGUGCGCUCCUCGACGAGCGGCGCGCCGAGCGCCAGCGCCAGCGGCUUUGGCACGUUCAGCGGCAGCGGCAGCGGCGGUGAGUUUUGGGUGGUGUGGCCAAAAAGGAGGGGGGCUUGCAGAAAGGCGGGGGGCGCCAUGUGGGGCUGACUCUCAUCCGUGUGUCCGAUUCAAACCCCCCCCCACAGGAAACAACGCUGCAGCCUCCAACGCAGCUGGUGCGCU